AACUCCAGCCUGUCAUGGCGGCAGGACGGCGAAUUUGCAGUAUCUCCACGACCCAUCCCUGUGCCAGCGCCUCUGGAAUGUGGCGGCUCGCAAGCCUCCUGCUGUUCCUGGCCAGCUGGGGAAUUUCCAGCACACCAGCUCCUCUUGACUCAGUGUUCUCCAGCAGCGAGCGUGCCCACCAGGUACUACGGAUCCACAAACGCGCCAACAACUUCCUGGAGGAGCUCCGGCCUGGCAACCUGGAGCGGGAGUGCACAGAGGAGAUCUGUGACUUCGAGGAGGCCAAGGAGUUUUUCCAAAACGUGGAUGACACACUGGCCUUCUGGUCCAAGUACGUCGACGACGACCAGUGCUUGGUCCGGCCCUCGGAGCACCCGUGCGCCAGCCUGUGCUGCGGGCACGGCACGUGCAUCGACGGCAUCGGCAGCUUCAGCUGCGACUGCAGCGACGGCUGGGAGGGCCGCUUCUGCCAGCGCGGUGAGGGGCGAGGGGGGCGCGGGCGCGCGGGCGGCGGGCCGGGGCUGGGGCGGGGGCGCCGCGCCAGCGCCCGCUGCCCGCUCCCUCCCCUGCCCGCAGAGGUGAGCUUUCGCAACUGCUCGCUGGACAACGGCGGCUGCAUGCACUACUGCCUGGAGGAGGAGGGCGGACGGCGCUGCAGCUGCGCGCUCGGCUACAAGCUGGGGGACGACCACCUGCAGUGCGAGCCCGUAGUGAAAUUCCCUUGCGGGAGGCUGUGGAAGCGCAUGGAGAAGAAGCGCACUCACCUGAAACGAGACACAGAAGACCAAGAAGACCAAGUAGACCCGCGGCUCGUCGAUGGGAAAUUGACCAGACGGGGAGACAGCCCCUGGCAGGUGGUCCUGCUGGACUCGCAGAAGAAGCUGGCCUGCGGGGCAGUCCUCAUCCACCCCUCCUGGGUGCUGACAGCGGCCCACUGCCUGGAGGACCCCAGGAAGCUCCUUGUCAGGCUUGGGGAGUAUGACCUGCGGCGCUGGGAGAGGUGGGAGCUGGACCUGGACAUCGAGGAGGUCCUGGUCCACCCCAACUACAGCAAGAGCACCACCGACAAUGACAUCGCGCUGGUGCGCCUGGCCCAGCCCGCCACCCUCUCGCAGACCAUCGUGCCCGUCUGCCUCCCGGACAGCGGCCUCGCAGAGCGCAAGCUCACUCAGGCCGGCCAGGAGACCAUCGUGACGGGCUGGGGCUACCAGAGCAGCCGAGAGAAGGACCCCAAGAGAAACCGCACUUUCGUUCUCAACUUCAUCAAGAUUCCCGUGGUCCCGCGCAAUGAGUGCAGCAGGGUGAUGAACAACAUGGUGUCUGAGAACAUGCUGUGUGCGGGCAUCCUCGGGGACCGACAGGACGCCUGCGAUGGCGACAGUGGGGGGCCCAUGGUCGCGUCCUUCCGCGGCACCUGGUUCCUGGUGGGCCUGGUGAGCUGGGGUGAGGGCUGUGGGCUCCUUCACAACUAUGGUGUUUACACCAAAGUCAGCCGCUACCUCGAUUGGAUCCACGGGCACAUCAGAGACAAGGAAGCCCCUCCGGAGAGCCAGGCGGCUCCUUAGCAACCCUCCCUGCUGGGCUGGGCUUUUGCAUGGCGAUGGAUGGAACAUUAAAAGGGUGUGUAACAAGCA